AGCGUGCACAUUUCUAUCCACUCACGACUUUAGGAUCCCCACAUCGCCACAAUGGAAGCUGAUAUUGUAGAACCCUGCAAUGAAGGCUUAGUUGGAAGGGUUAGCAGCUUCUUCAGCAAUGAAAGCAGUCUUAGCACUGUUCCGUCAGAUUUUGAAACCCGCGCAGCAUGUGAUAGGAUUGCGUCCUAUCAUCCAAGAGACAGCAACGACAAUACCCAAAAGGUUCUAUCAAGUUUCAUUCAAUAUCUACCAGUUGAGGGAAGAUGCUUGCUGUCCCAGUUCAUUGUCGAAACAAGCGAUGACGGGACACUAUUUGAUCUCUACAAUCAUCUCUUGACAACAAUCCUAGUCCCUAUGAAAGCACGUGGGCCAACACCGGGCAUUACCCCCUCGCCCUUUUCAAAUAAUGAAGCUAUAAAGCAGGAAAUUGCUGCUUUAAUCACAGAGUCACCAAGCAGAAUCGAGCAACGCAAGCUAAAAGCAAUGUGUCUCGAGAGAGACAAUUUUCAGUGCAUGCUCACUGGAUUCUCUGAUGCAUUGGCAGACGAUGACAAGAAGAGAGAGGGCAUGACGGGGGACCUUGAACUUGCUCAUAUCUUGCCGUUUUCAAUCUCUCAAUGGAAAAAUACAAAAGAGCACCAUGAGAUUGCUCAAAUAUGGACGACCUUAAAAAGAUGUUUCCCACAAAUUAGCCUAGGGCCGAGUGACAUAAACCGCCCGAUUAAUGCAAUGACCUUGUUUGAAUCAGUCCACAGUGCAUUUGGUAGAUGUGCAAUUGCGCUUGAGCCGACAGAAGUGGAUAACGAGUAUCAGAUCCUAAUCCUGGGAAAGACGUUUCCAACAUUUCUCAAUUAUUUUUUGCCCAAGCCAAACGACCAUGGCCACCGCCUCAUUAAAUUUACACAACAUAGUGAUGUUGAACUUCCAAGUCGCAGUCUUCUGCUAAUGCAUGCUUCGCUUGCAAAGAUUUUGCAUGCUUCCGGCAUGUCAGAACGCAUUGACAAAGUUUUACAAGACCGAGAAGAUAUUGGAUGUCUGGCGACUGAUGGGAGCACCAGAGUUGAUGAGCUUUUGUUUGCUUUCUAGUCACUCCAUGAUAUGCUAUACUUGAUUUUGUCUCAUUACAUUCCCAUAUCUAUAUAUUUAUUAUUAAGGUCUUCAAGCCCUGCCUUGCAUCCUUAGCAAAGAUUAUCUGGAG